GUAGUCUCCAUGGAUCAAUACCUAGGUUAUAUAUCUAGGUUCUGGAAAGCCUACUCAGCUCCUCCUAGGGGAAAGGAUAGGCCGGGGGGGAAAGCCCCCUGUGUACCACACAGGCUAUCGAUCUAUCUUAGUAUCUUCCUUUAUCCACCGACCUAUCUAUCUAUCUAUCCAUGCACCGGCGCCAUAUAUUCCCCCUCUGCAGUAGCCUCGCACCAACCAUCCCAACCAUAGAUGGUGUUAACGCUACUUUAAGUACUGUUUAGCAGAAAUAAAUUCUGUCCGCCUUGGAAUAUUUUCCACAAAAAGGAGUUCACAGAGGAAAUAAGAUGUUGGAGAGUGGGAGCCAGCAUAAGGUGUACCUGGAGAAACGGAGCGGAGAGGAACCUAAACCUGAACCUGGUAUAACCUGCAGUAUCUGCGGUCAUUGUCUACCCGGAGCUAGAGAACUAGGAGUUCAUAUACUGGCAGAGCACUGCGAUGCAAACCUUCAUGAUGAACUACAGGAAGAUGGUAAUCUGGUAAUAGACGGAGUACCAGGUCUAAGCAUGGAGAUAGAUCAAGAUCAACUCCUAGAGGAGCAGGAUCCACUUAUUCCUCAUUCAGAGAUCCGUCCUACUCCGGAGACACAGAGUACUGCACUCCUAGAGCUACCGAGAGCUCCUACUGGAAACGAACUAAAACAGAAGUUUAUGGCAUACAGAGUUUCUGAUACUAGUCAUAGAUAUAUCUGUUUGGUGUGUGAGAAGGUUUAUACAAGCCGGUAUAAUAUCCGGAUGCACAUGAACCUCCACACUGGGAACAAUGUGCACACUUGCGAACAUUGUAACCGGAAAUUUGCACAUAAACACGUUUAUGAGUCUCACGUGCGAACCCACACUGGAGAGAGACCGUUUGCAUGUGAGAAAUGUGAUCGAAGGUUUGGAGAUAGAAGUAAUUGUGCGAGUCACAUGAAGAGAUGUGCUGGAGUGAAUGAGGAGAAGGAGCAUGGGGAGUCUAUAAACAUCGCUCCGAACGUGUCCAUCACGCCGAUAAAGCGCGUCAAAAAAGAGAUCGAUGAGGAGGAGAUAAAAACUGAACACGAGGACGGAGACGCGUUCGAGGAAGAUCCUCUCCGUACUAGCUUUAAACCACAAAUUGUCUCAGUUCAUAGUAUGACCGGGAACAACAACAACGUAGAGUUUGAGAAUAUGGGGUAUGCAGGAGAGGAUGAGGACGAGGAGAAUAUGGAUGAGGAUGAGGAGGCAUCUGAAGAAAUGACGAUUGAACCAGAUAUAAGUCUUGAUUAUGAUGAUAUUGAGGAGAUGGGUGAACCUGGAGAUCAGUUAGGAAAAUCAACAACAUUCUACACGUGCAGCUUCUGUCUGGUUAAAUACGGUGAACAAUCUAGUUUACUGGAUCACCUGAGUACACACGUAGAUAUACCACAUGCUCCUGUUAGGGCUGAGCUAGAACAAGGAUACAUGACCCUGUACACAACCGCCAGACCCAAGUUUAUGUGCCUGUUCUGCGGAAAAUUCUUCACUACAGCACCUACCGUUGAGGUUCAUAUUAAAGUGCAUGUUGAAGACAAGUUUUACACGUGUGAUAUAUGUGAGAAAAUAUUUCUUCAUCAGCAUGUUUUUGAAAAACAUAUGAAAACUGAGCACAAUUACGUUAAACUGGUUCGAAAUAACACUCAGGAUCAAAAUAAAUCUUUCUCUAGUAAACCUUUAGAGAUCACAUCCCAGACAAGCUCCAACAACAACCUGGAGAAGAAGAAACCCAAAGCAAACCGUCCUCCACCCAAACUAAUCAUGUUGAGCAACAGUAACUCCAGCCUACAGUCCAGGAACCUGGCGGCGCAAAGUGAUCAUAUAAUCGUCCAGAACGCGGAAAAGAGAACCCCGGUAGAGCUAACCAGGAAACCGAUCACGAUUGCUCCAAAACCCACAGUUUUACUCCUCACUGAAGAGGCUCGUAAGAUAUUUAAUAAUUCAGCUCCUACUCCGUGCAGAACCAGUCCAAACUCUAAUCCUAGAGCUCAUAAGAUCGUCGAAACUCCAGCAGGACGUGAGUAUAUCCCGGAUACAAACAGUAACAAUAUUGUAAACCUGGAUACAGUUUAUCCUCCUCCCAGCACUGCUGAAACUAAACGAGGGUUCAUGCUAAGACUCUGCGGAUCUGGAGGGCAGCAGAGAUAUGUAUGUGUAGACUGUGGAAAGCACUAUACAACCUCGUAUAACGUGAGAAUGCACAGGAAUAUUCAUCUCGGGAAGAAUCUCUACUCCUGUAAAUUCUGCAUGAAGGAGUUCUCACACAAACACGUCUGGGAGACCCAUGAACGUGUACAUACUGGAGAAAGACCGUUCAAGUGUCCAACCUGUCCAAAGGAUUUUGCAGACCGGAGUAAUUAUAAUUCCCACAAGAAGAUCUGUGUACGUCUCCAGCAGCAGUGUCGACGGGAAUCAGAGGCUGGAGUUGUCACUAUCUAAACCUGAACCCUGAUAUUCAACCAAACCUCUAAACCUGAAUCCUGAUAUUCAACCAAACCUACAUGGUUUCUUGUUUUAAGAUAAAAGAAGAAUGAAUGUAACUCUCUCUGAAAGCCUCGAAAAAAUUCAAUUUAAUCAUUUUCAGUUCAGUUGCAUAAUCGCAAAAUUUAAACACAUCUUACAUCAUGUUAUCAUCAAACAAUAUUCUGCAUCUGAUUUCAUUCAUUUUUCAACAAUCUUCAUCCAUUUUCUUUUCUUUCAUCUAUCAUCCAUUAUUCAUUAUGCAUUUGAUCUCAACCAACUGAUCUCAUUCAUUAUCUAACUGAUCUCAUCCAUUAUCCAACUGAUCUCAUCCAUUAUCCAACUGAUCUAAUCCAUUAUCCAACUGAUCUCAUCCAUUAUCCAACUGAUCUAAUCCAUUAUCCAACUGAUCUAAUCCAUUAUCCAACU